AUGGUAUUCUUUCGAAGAGCCUCGAUAGUCUUCGUUACUAUUGCUGGUGUAGUUCUAUCACGCACAGCACAAGCGAUUCCCAAACCUCAGGAUCAACGACCAAGAGGAUAUGAUUAUGGUGUUGACAUAGGAGCACUUUUGAAGCGGGAUGUUACCCACAUAUCCACGACUGGAGUACCAUACACUGGUUCGAGUGCAUCGAUACCAGUCCGUCAAGAAAUUCGAGAUCUAGAGAAGGACGCGGAUUUAUGGGAGUUAUACAUCUUGGGAGUAUCAAUGAUGCAAACGAUCAAUCAAUCAGAUAUUCGCUCAUGGUAUCAAAUCUCUGGAAUUCAUGGUAGACCCUACCUUCCAUAUGAUGGAGUUCAAGCAACCCCGGGUGAUGAGAAUAAUGGAUACUGUACCCAUGUCUCCAUUCUAUUUCCUACUUGGCAUAGACCUUAUUUGGCCCUUUAUGAGGUAGUAUCUCCCUUGCGUGAUGAUGAGAGGGAUUGUAUUGACUCUUUACAGCAAGUACUUCAUAGUGUUAUUUCAUUCAUUGCAGAACAAUACCCUAUUGGGGCUGAGCGAGAAAGGUACACCGCAGCCGCAGGUAAUUUUCGUAUACCUUAUUGGGAUUGGGCAGUUGUACCAGCCGCUGGUCAAAGUGUUCUGCCCGCAAGUGUUACAACACCAACUAUUGCUGUAUUGCUGUCAAUGGCCCUGCCGGUCACGUUCAGUAAUAAAGCGUGGAUCACCGCUGCCAGUCCAGGAGAUUUCGAUUCUAUUGAAUUUCUCCACGAUCAAAUUCAUGGUUUGACAGGAAGUGGUGGUCACAUGUCUUAUGUCGAUUACUCCGCCUUUGAUCCGCUUUUCUUUCUACAUCAUAGCAUGAUCGAUCGUUGUUUCGCUAUUUGGCAAACCUUGAACCCAGAGAGCUAUGCGACAGCUAAAGAAGCUUCAUAUAGCACGUUCACUAUGACGGCAGGAAGCAUCCAAGAUGUUUCUACACCACUUAAACCAUUUUAUGAUGCUGGGGGAAGUAAUUUCUAUAGUUCGUCUGAAGUUGUAUCGACUGAAACUUUCGGUUACGCAUAUCCGGAAAUAUUAAAAGGAGGUAACACAACUACUCAAGCUAUCAAGGCCAUAAAUCGUCUCUACGGAAUCACCGCGCCAGCAAAGACUGUUUCCCGACGUACGAAUCCAGAAUUGUCUUCAAGGAUAACCAAGAAAUACGCCCUCGCUAAGUCAUUCUUUGUUCACGUCUUUCUCGGACCUUUCAAAGAUGACCCGUCAAUUUGGACCUUCGAGCCCAAUCUUAUCGGCACUCAUUGUGUUUUUGCUAAACUUUCGACCUUUGGCUCUGCUGCAGCUGAUCCGAAUCAAUUGGUCACAGGAACAAUUCCACUUACCAGCGCUUUACUCGACGAUAUUUCACAAGGUCUUUUGAGUUCGCUGAAUCAUGAAGAUGUGGAGCCAUAUCUGAAGAAGAAUCUCAAAUAUCGCAUUACACUCCUCGACGACACGGAAAUCGAAAAUUCGGCUGUUCCAAGCUUAAUCAUUACCGUGGUCAGCGCAGUUGUUCAAAAAAGCACUGUGGAUCAUGAGUUGCCAAAAUGGGGUCCAAUGAUCAGUCAUAUGGAGUUGUCCACGGGAGCAAGUAACUCGACGAAGAUCUAA